AUGGAAUACUUGAAGAAAUACACUAAUGUUAUUGACCUUAAACAGGUCACUGAACGUAACGUUAAUGGAAAGAGCUUUCUGGAAAUACUAAGUAUUGCCUUUCAAAAGGUAGAACUCACCAGACUAACCACUAUUCAAGAAUAUGUAGAGCAUAUUUUACUGACUGAAGAAUACAACAAUACUGAAACUUUUAUUAAAGACCACAAGCCAGUACUUAAGGAAUUUGAUAUGAAAAAUGAAGUUCAACUCACUUACUUGUUGUUUACUUUUGCCGCUGUUGCCAACAAGUAUGAAGUCUCUUUGAAGAAUUACAUAAACAAAAUAAUCCAAGAACAAGUGGCGCAGUUUGAGUCAACAGAAUUAGCCAAUAAUACGCCAGUAUCAACACAAAACUCUAAAAAGAGUUCCACAAAAUUGAACACCAAAGCCAUACCCUAUACUCCUAAAGGAAAAGGUCAUACAGUUACAUUUGCAGAAAUAGUCUCCAGAAAUUUAGAUGUAGGCAGCAACCAUGAUACUUCUCCAACUCCUUCCAGUAAUAGGCUAAAAAUGAACGUGACCAAGCGUAUAGUGUCUGAUAUUAAAGAAGGAAUUAUCACAAUUGAACGUGUUGAAGGAGCUGUUGAUUUUAUUGAAUGGCGAAUAAAGACUGGUCAAACAAAAUCAACUAACCAGAUUGAUGAUAUAGUUAAAUUAACAGAAAAGGGAGAGGAACUAGUUAAACAAAUUGAAGCAGGAGUAAAAAAAGAUAAACUAUGCUGGUUUUGGGUAAUAUAUUGUGCUGAGAUGGUAAUUCUUGUCAAUAUGAAUGUGGUGGAAUUGGUAAAUACAUAG